CGCGCUAUUUAAAAAGGACAGUGGUAUUUUUCCUCGCUGAGUAAAUUUCAUUGUUUUGAUCGUUUAUUACGUAUCAAGACUACUGUUUUUCACUUUAAUUGAAUUUAUUUCAGUUAAAGUAUUCGACUAAAGUAUCGUUUUUACUGUUUUGUCGUUGGUACUCUUUAGUACCACUUUUUCAACUGUAUCUGUUAGUACUUUUGGUCCUAGCAAUCUACAGCUCUUCACUUUUUUGGUCAUUGAUAAUUUUUUUGUUUCUGGGUAUCAUCGCAUAUUGAAAAAACCCCUCCUAAAUGACCGGACAGUGUAAAAAAAGCAGUUGCCAACGUCCGGGUUGUCGUUAUCCUGUUGAAAGCGGCAUGCAGUGCGACGAGUGCAAAGGCUGGUACCACGAAGUUUGCACGAACUUAACGCCUGCUGCUUUCAAACGGUUCAGUAAGAAGGGUUGUGUGUGGCUUUGUCAACAGUGCUGCUCGGAUGCAAACAGCUUGUUAACCGAGGCUAUCUCACUGGUUGAUGCUGCCAAGAAGUGUUUCAACAAGCAUAGUCGGAACGCGUCAAACAGCACUCGAUCUGUUGACACGCAAAUCAAUGUGAAGGAAACUAAGGUGAGUCCGGUGAUAGAUGACUCACGCCCGUCGAAGAAGGAAAAGCAGUAUCCAAAGGGGUCUGCCUUAAAAAAAAGCUCAAGAAAAGCAGGGUCUUCUGUUCCCCGUCUCCCAGAUGGGAUCCAACAGGAAACACCUAGGGGCCGCAAUCGCAAGGCUCGAUCGGUUUCGACUGGUAAACAUAACACGACCCCUCAGGUCGUCGACAACCCCCCAAAACCCAACACUAGUUUUGACGCAACUGCUACUGCUUCUACCAGCAGCGUUAACGAAUGGGUAAAGGUUGUAAGGAAGAAAAGUAUUGACAUAAAAGGGAAACCUGCCCCCGUAAAAGUGGUUGAAAAAUCGAAAGCUGAUCAUAGCGACAGAUCAGCUAUUUUUCAUAGAAUUAAGGAGAGCGAUAGCUCUGAACCUAAAGCUCGUUUUGAGCAUGACAUUGUACUGAUUAGGCAGCUGCUUAAUCAACUCAUGCCUCAAAAUAUGACUGGGGUCACCUUGCUAAAGGUGUAUAGACUAGGGAGUCUAACGGACUCGAAACCAAAUCAUUCCAGACUGCUUAAAGUAGUAUUCGGCUCUUCAAACGAACGUGACCUAAUUUUACAAAAUGGACACAAAUUAAAGGGUUCGGGAGUCUUUAUCCGAAAGGACCUACCGUUGGCAGACCGUGUUAAAAGACGGGAAGCCGAGAAAGAACUACAACAUAGGUUAGACGCUGGCGAAAAGGACCUGAAAAUUGUAAAUUUUCGGGUUGUAAGACUUCGACAGAGAAUGAUGCCGAAGCCACUCUGGGUGAAGCACGAAGGCACCUAAACAGGCUUCGGAUCUGUUACACCAAUGCACGAAGCUUACUUAAUAAGCGAUCGGAACUAGGUGUACAGAUUGACUCUAUAAAGCCAGAUAUAAUCGCAGUAACAGAAACCUGGCUGACACAGGCUAUAGAUAGUAUAGAACUUGAUUUCGAGGGCUUUACGUUAGUAAGGGCCGACAGAACACAAAAGCGCAAAGGAGGGGGAGUAGCUCUAUUCAUUAGGAAUGCUAUCCCAUUUACCAUUAUCGAUAGUGUAUCCC